UUCAAAGUAGCACAUGCUUGGUAGGUUGUUGGGCUUUGUUUUGGUUGAUUGGUUGGCUGUCUCUCGUGGCUACAGCCAGUCAGUUUUUGCUUGAAUCGGUGUUGAUUCCUCGGGUCAACGAGACAUGAGGCUGCAGGCAACCACUGCCCUUUUUGAUGGACUUACAAACCCAAGGUCAAUCUUUUCUUCGACUUGGCGGGACGACUUGAAGCGCUUGUUCGAGUUACUUUCUCUUCUUGAUCUUCUUGGACCUUUUGUGUCAACAACACACACACCAUCAGCAACACUUGCCGGAAUCGACAUGAUACUUAUACUUGCCUCAUCUAGACAUCAUCCCCUAAGAUGUCGUUGGUUCGAUGUUUGUUUGCAGCAUCGGUCAAUUUUUUCACCUGUGCAGUCUUCGACAUGCGUUGGCAGAAGCCUCCUUUGCUGCCGGUUCAGUCUUUCUACCCGACGACGUUUCUCCAGGAUUGGUGGAGUACCACUCAGGCUAUCUGGCAAUUGGGUUGCAUGCGAAUGGACUUCAUUCCGCCCAACACAAUCGUCCACACGCUGUCCAGAUGCCACGUCGACGAUGGUUCAAUUUGCACCGGCUCAACUUCCCCACCUGGCUUGCAAGUACCUGGACUGGUCGACCGACGAUGAACACCUGAAGAGGGUAGUGGUAUCCACAUAUGUCUACUACAUAUGCACGCUCUCGUCUCGACGCAGACGCAGACCCUAGUUAUGCCUCCCGCUCGACGACGCAGAAUUUUGAUCUUUCCGUCUGCGGCCGGGGGCCGCCCCCCUAGUGCCCACCUACUAUUUCUGCAGACCCAUUUGGCUAGUCGCGGUUCGGUCCUUGCCCUGUCUCGAAACAAGGGCCGCUCCAAUUCAGUAUAUUUUCCAGGACAAGCAGAGGGCUCAAAUCACUGGAACACAGGGCUCACGUUUAGCAUUUUUGCCACAUCCGAGACCAGACUACCAUCCUCACUGGGGGCUU